AAAAGAAACAAGAACAUGUUCAAAGAUGGAUGGAUACUUUCGUAGGCUCUGGCUCGGUUAGCUCGAAAAAACAAUGGAGACGCCACUUCUUGUGGGACUCGAACUACGUUGUCCUCCUCAUCUCUUCAACACUCACUCUCGUCCCUCUUCAUCUCUCUCCAUUCCCGCCUUAUCCUUACGAAUCCUCACGCCGACGGCGGCAACGACAUCUUCCGCUGUUAUUGAAUUACCGGCGAACGUAGCAGAAGCUCCUCGUUCCAAACGCCAUUCCAAUUCAUACCUGGCGAGAAAAUCCGCCAUUUCUGAAGUUCAACGCUCCUCGGAUUUUCUCUCUUCUCUGCAGAGAUUAGCAACAGUUUUGAAGGUACAAGAUUUGAAUGUAAUUUUGCGUGAUUUUGGAAUCUCUGGAAGAUGGCAGGAUCUUAUACAGCUCUUUGAAUGGAUGCAACAACAUGGAAAGAUUAGUGUUUCAACUUACAGUAGCUGCAUAAAGUUUGUUGGGGCCAAAAAUGUCUCCAAGGCUCUAGAAAUAUACCAAAGCAUUCCAGACGAGUCUACCAAAAUCAAUGUCUAUAUAUGUAACUCCAUUCUUAGUUGUCUGGUCAAGAAUGGAAAGCUUGACAGCUGCAUCAAAUUGUUUGAUCAGAUGAAGCGCGAUGGUCUGAAACCAGAUGUGGUUACAUAUAACACGUUGCUUGCAGGUUGCAUUAAGGUAAAAAAUGGAUACCCUAAGGCUAUUGAACUCAUUGGAGAGCUGCCUCAUAAUGGAAUACAAAUGGACAGUGUGAUGUAUGGGACUGUCUUGGCCAUUUGUGCUUCAAAUGGUCGAAGUGAAGAAGCUGAAAACUUUAUCCAGCAGAUGAAAGUUGAAGGUCAUUCGCCCAACAUAUAUCAUUACAGCUCUUUACUCAAUUCAUAUUCUUGGAAAGGAGAUUACAAGAAAGCUGAUGAGCUGAUGACCGAGAUGAAAUCAAUAGGAUUAGUGCCAAACAAGGUGAUGAUGACAACUUUACUUAAGGUUUAUAUCAAAGGAGGGUUGUUUGAUAGAUCAAGAGAAUUACUUUCUGAACUUGAAUCUGCUGGGUACGCCGAGAACGAGAUGCCGUAUUGUAUGUUGAUGGAUGGUCUUUCAAAGGCGGGAAAGUUAGAAGAAGCGAGGUCAAUCUUUGAUGAUAUGAAAGGGAAAGGUGUUAGAUCUGAUGGCUAUGCCAACAGCAUCAUGAUAUCUGCUUUAUGUCGAAGUAAGCGUUUUAAGGAGGCAAAAGAACUGUCAAGGGACUCUGAAACCACUUAUGAAAAAUGCGACUUGGUAAUGUUAAACACAAUGCUCUGUGCCUAUUGCAGAGCAGGAGAGAUGGAAAGUGUUAUGCGAAUGAUGAAGAAAAUGGAUGAGCAAGCCGUUAGUCCCGACUAUAAUACUUUCCAUAUCUUGAUCAAAUACUUCAUCAAGGAGAAAUUGCACCUGCUUGCGUACCAAACCACACUGGACAUGCACAGCAAAGGCCACAGGCUUGAGGAGGAACUUUGCUCGUCCUUGAUAUAUCAUCUCGGCAAGAUUAGAGCUCAAGCGGAAGCAUUCUCAGUCUACAAUAUGUUGCGAUACAGCAAAAGAACUAUCUGCAAAGAGCUGCAUGAGAAAAUUCUUCACAUUCUAAUCCAAGGGAAUCUCCUAAAAGAUGCAUACAUUGUAGUGAAGGACAAUGCGAAGAUGAUCUCACAGCCUACUUUAAAGAAAUUUGGCAGAGCUUUUAUGAUCUCGGGUAAUAUUAAUUUAGUGAAUGAUGUUCUGAAAGUAUUGCAUGGUUCUGGCCACAAAAUCGAUCAGGUAAAUAGCCAACCGGUAACAAUUUGAUGCUAUUUUGCCAACGUUUUACUUGGAAAUAAUUUUCAUUACAGUUGAGAAAUAAGGAAAAUUUCGUUCUUUAAUCAUACUGAAUCUCAUUUCUUGCCUUCACUGUGUACUUUUGUUUUCAGGUUCAGUUUGAGAUUGCGAUUUCUCGAUACAUUUCGCAGCCCGAUAAAAAGGAAUUGCUUCUUCAACUUCUACAAUGGAUGCCUGGUCAAGGAUAUGUUGUUGACUCCUCCACAAGAAACCUCAUUCUCAAGAACUCUCAUAUGUUUGGUCGGCUACUCAUUGCAGAGAUCUUGUCAAAGCAUCAUGUCGCUUCAAGACCGAUGAUAAAAUCACGACCAGAGCAAAAAUUUAGAUGUAAAUAAGAAUGUAAAUUUUCUGUUUCUUUUUUUUUUUGUGGCCCGUCGUUUGGAAUGAGAAAAAUGUAUGUACGUAGUUCAUGAAAUAGAUGAGAGUCUAAUUUGUAGAUGUGCCAAAUUUUAUCGAAUCUUACAUACUAUGAGAGGGCUUCUACUUUCUUGACUAAAAACUUACGAGCGAAUGAUGAUUAAUAUUUCUCUCAAUUUUGGUCCUGAUCA